AUGACGCGGGAGACUUAUCUUAAGCGCUCGCUCGGGACUCUAGCCAGACGAAUCAAAGAGUCGCGUGUGCUUCUGGUGGGUGCUGGUGGCAUCGGAUGCGAAUUGCUGAAGAACCUCCUGCUCUCGGGGUUCGGCGAAAUCCAUAUCAUCGACCUCGACACCAUCGAUCUGAGCAAUCUCAACCGCCAAUUCCUUUUCCGCUUCGAACACAUCAAGAAACCCAAAGCAUUGGUUGCGAAGGAAGUCGCCCACAAGUUCCAGCCCGGUGCGAAGCUUGAAGCAUACCAUGCGAACAUCAAGGAUGACCAGUUCAACGUUGACUGGUUUGCGACAUUUGAUGUCGUCUUCAACGCUUUGGACAACCUCGAUGCUCGACGCCAUGUGAAUAGGAUGUGCUUGGCAGCCAAUGUGCCGCUAGUGGAGAGUGGAACAACGGGGUUCAACGGCCAGGUCCAGGUCAUCAAGAAGGGCGUCACGGAAUGCUACGAUUGUAACUCCAAGGAGGUCCCGAAGUCGUUCCCGGUCUGCACUAUCCGCAGUACACCCAGUCAGCCGAUCCACUGUAUCGUCUGGGCUAAGAGCUACCUUUUUCCUGAGCUCUUCGGCAUAAGCGAGGAUGACUCGAGCGAAUUUGAUCACUCGGAAGACGCUGAAAACUCCGAAGAGAUCGAGAACCUCCGCAGGGAGGCUCAGGCCCUCAAGGAGAUCCGUCAAUCCAUGGGCUCCGAUGAAUUUGCGCAGAAAGUCUUCGAAAAAGUGUUUCAGGAGGACAUAGAUCGGUUACGAGGCAUGGAAGACAUGUGGAAGACGCGAGAUCCCCCAGAGCCUCUGGAUUUCCACAAGCUACAAGAGGAGUCUUCGGGCAUCGAACCUGUGGUCUCCUGCAAUGACCAGAAAGUCUGGACUCUUGGUGAGGACUUUGUCGUCUUCAAGGACAGUCUAGAUCGACUGAGCAAGCGGCUCAAGACCCUGCAGGACACCACGAAGAGUGACGUGAAGCCUAUACUAGUCUUCGACAAGGACGACGUCGACACCCUGGACUUCGUCGCCGCCACUGCCAAUUUGCGGGCAAGCAUCUUCAAGAUCGAUCCCAAGUCCAAGUUCGACACGAAACAGAUGGCUGGCAACAUCAUUCCAGCUAUUGCAACCACCAACGCCAUGACGGCUGGUCUCUGUGUCUUGCAGGCUUACAAAGUUCUAAGAGGGGAGUACGACCAGGCCAAGAUGGUCUUCCUCGAACGCAGCGGUGUUCGUGCGAUCAACUCCGAUUCUUUGCAGCCUCCAAACCCCAAUUGUCCAGUGUGUUCCGUGACUCACGCCAGGCUGAAGAUCGAUCCUCAGCGCGCGACACUGGAAAACCUGGUCCAGGACAUCCUCCGGUCGCAGCUGGGUUACGGUGAAGAGUUCUCCAUCAACACCGAGCUAGGAACCAUCUACGACCCCGAUCUAGAGGACAACCUUCCCAAGAAAUUGACCGACCUCGGCGUCAAAAACGAGAGUUUCAUCACCGUCAUCGACGAAGAGGACGACCAGCCCCGCGUCAACCUUGAACUCAUUGUGCUGGCGACCGAGGCCUCUCAAUCCACAGAAGACCAGAAACCCGCCUCCCUGGAAUCUGUUCCCGACAUCCCCCGCAAGCCGAAAGCACCCGCACCUGCAGCCCCUGAGCCCGAGCUCGAGCCCGUCAACGGUGCAGGCAAGCGCAAGCGCGACGCAGACGAAGCCGGGCUCAGCAACGGCGACAACCCAGCCAAGCGAGUGGCAGCCAUGUCCAUCUCGGAUGGUGACGGAGCCAAUCCUAUUGUCUUGGACGAGGCAAAUGGCGGCGCAAUCCUGAUUGAUGAUGAUUAA